GUAGUGUUCCUCAUUUGUUCAUUUCAUACAAGAGGUUGCAUCACACGCACGUGAAUUAAAUAUUUUCAUAAUAAAAAGUUAAAAGAAAUUAAAUUAAAAAAAUGUUAAGUGUUGCUCGAACAAUUAGCCGAAAGUUAGGCUCCUGCACCCCAACUUUAUUAGAGGUUGCCUCAAAUCGUCAGUAUUCAAAACUUGUACAAAAAAAUAAAUUUGCAUCAGUUCUACCACAAAAUGGUUUGUACAAUCAAAUUCGUUACAAAUCAGAAACCGUUCGGGGUGCAGUCAUUGGUAUCGAUUUGGGUACCACAAACUCUUGUGUGGCUGUUAUGGAAGGUAAACAGGCAAAAGUAAUUGAAAAUUCGGAAGGAUCUAGAACAACACCAUCUCAUGUUGCUAUCACUAAAGAUAAAGAAAGAUUAGUUGGUAUGCCAGCAAAACGACAAGCGGUUACCAAUUCAGCAAACACAUUUUACGCAACGAAACGAUUAAUUGGACGUCGAUUUGAAGAUCCAGAAGUUAAAAAAGAUAUGAACAAUGUUUCAUACAAAAUAGUCAAAGCUAAGAAUGGCGAUGCUUGGGUACAAUCAAGUGAUGGUACAAUGUAUUCUCCAAGUCAAAUAGGUGCUUUUAUUUUGAUUAAAAUGAAAGAAACAGCUGAAGCAUAUUUAGGUACUCCAGUUAAAAAUGCUGUUGUUACUGUACCAGCUUAUUUCAACGAUUCACAACGACAGGCCACGAAAGAUGCUGGUCAAAUAUCUGGCCUGAAUGUUUUACGUGUUAUUAAUGAACCAACAGCAGCUGCUCUUGCCUACGGAAUGGACAAAACUGAAGAUAAAAUAAUUGCUGUAUACGAUCUUGGUGGUGGUACCUUCGAUAUAUCUAUUCUAGAAAUUCAAAAAGGAGUCUUUGAAGUAAAAUCAACAAACGGUGAUACAUUCCUUGGUGGUGAAGAUUUUGAUAAUGCCUUAGUUAAUUUCUUAGUACAACAAUUUAAACGUGACCAAGGUAUUGACAUCACAAAGGAUCCAAUGGCAAUGCAACGGUUAAAAGAAGCUGCUGAAAAAGCCAAAAUUGAAUUAUCAUCUUCCCUGCAAACUGACAUCAAUUUACCAUAUUUAACAAUGGAUCAAUCUGGACCAAAACAUAUGGAUUUCAAAUUAACACGAUCGAAAUUUGAAAGUCUUGUUGGUGAUUUAAUUAAGAAAACUAUUGCACCAUGCCAGAAAGCUUUACAAGAUGCCGAUUGUUCCAAAUCAGAUAUUGGAGAAAUUUUAUUGGUGGGUGGUAUGACUCGAAUGCCUAAAGUACAACAAACUGUACAAGAUAUUUUUGGAAAACAACCAAGUCGUGCUGUCAACCCUGAUGAAGCUGUAGCUGUUGGUGCAGCUGUACAAGGUGGUGUUUUAGCUGGAGAUGUAACUGAUGUUUUACUUUUGGAUGUUACACCAUUGUCUCUUGGUAUCGAAACUCUUGGAGGUGUAUUCACACGUUUAAUUUCUAGAAAUACAACAAUUCCAACAAAGAAAAGUCAAGUAUUUUCAACAGCCGCUGACGGUCAAACACAAGUAGAAAUCAAAGUCCAUCAAGGAGAACGUGAAAUGGCUUCUGACAAUAAAAUGUUAGGUUCAUUUACAUUAGUUGGAAUUCCACCAGCACCACGAGGUGUUCCCCAAAUCGAAGUUACUUUCGAUAUUGAUGCUAAUGGUAUUGUACAUGUAUCAGCUAAGGAUAAGGGAACUGGAAAAGAACAACAAAUUGUAAUUCAGUCAUCUGGCGGUUUAAGCAAAGACGAAAUCGAAAAUAUGGUUAAAAAUGCUGAACAGUAUGCUAAAGAAGAUAAAGUUAAAAAAGAACGUGUUGAGGCAAUCAAUCAAGCUGAAGGCAUUGUACAUGAUACUGAAUCCAAAAUGGAAGAAUUCAAGAGUCAGUUACCUGGUGAAGAAUGUGAUAAACUAAAAGAAGAAAUACAAAAAUUACGAGACUUAUUAGCUAAUAAAGAUUCCGCUGAUCCAGAAGAAAUUCGUAAAGUUACUAGCUCAUUACAACAAUCUUCAUUGAAAUUAUUCGAAAUGGCUUACAAAAAGAUGGCAGCAGAUCGUGAAAGUGCAAGUGGAACAAACCAAGAUAGUAAGGACCAACAACAACAAAGCGAGGAUGUAAAAGAUAAAAAAGAAGAAAAGAACUAAAUUUAGUUAUUAAAAAAAAUUUAAAUGUCUGAUAA